ACCAACGUCAUUAACAUCUCAGUGCCACGCGUGCUAGACAUGCCCACGUUGUUUAUGCAUGCAUUGCAUCAUCGACUACACGCGCGCCGACUACGAUACGGGUGUGAUGUGUCAGAUUUCCUCGAUCGAAGAAACUGUCAACAUAUGCCGAAUAUUUUGAGCAUGUUUGUGUGCAGGUACUGAGCAGUGGACGUUGAAAAAUUCUGAGACUGAUGUGACGGCGGUUCAGUGAGCUGCAAAGCUACAGUAGCUGCGCAUUAAAAACGAUUCUUAAAACCAAACUGUACGCUGUUCUAACUGUAGAACUUUGUGUGGGAGAGUCCAGAAAACAAUUUGUGACUCAGUUAUGGCAGGCAUUGGUCGGCUCUUUCAAUUCAGUGGUACUUCCCGCCAAAGACUCUCUCAGAGAGUCGGCACACGGUGGAAAAAUUCCCAAAGCCCGGCACACCUGCACACAUGGAAGGACGGUGCUGCAACGCAUCAAGCUGUGCAGCAGCAGUGCAGCGGGGUCCCAUGCAGCUCCCAGCCUCCGGCCAAGGGUGCAGCCAAGAUCCCGGGAGUGAGGGGCAUUUCCACCUCCAGUACGCAGAAGAUUCGAACGGCGUAUCGGUCAGAUCUCAAGAACUGCCGACGGAUCGUGCUCAAACUGGGGAGCGCGGUGAUUACACGAGACGACGAGUGCGGCCUGGCACUUGGACGGCUGGCCACCAUUAUAGAACAGGUGUCAGAACUGCAACAGAGCGGCAAGCAGGUGAUGCUAGUGACCAGCGGAGCCGUGGCAUUUGGCAAGCAGCGUCUGAGGCACGAAGUCAUCAUGUCACAGAGCAUGCGGGAAACGCUCAUCCCCAACCAAGAAAGAGGCAAUUUUUUAUUGGACUCGCGAGCGUGUGCUGCAGCAGGCCAGAGCGGACUGAUGUCGCUGUAUGAGGCUAUGUUCUCCCAGUACGGCCUCACCACGGCCCAGGUGCUGGUGACCAAACCCGAUUUCUACCAUGACUAUUCUCGUAACAACUUGAGGGGGACCCUGAACGAGCUCCUGCGGAUGAACAUCAUUCCCAUUCUGAACGCCAACGACGUGGUGGCUCCCCCGCCCGAGCCCGACAAGGACCUACAAGGGGUCAUCAGCAUCAAAGACAACGACAGCCUGGCCGCCCGGCUGGCUGCGGAGAUGAACUCUGACCUGCUCCUGCUGCUCUCGGAUGUGGACGGCAUCUUCACCACCCCACCGGACCAGGAAGGAUCCCGCCUACUGGACACCGUCUACCCGGGUGACACUGCUAACAUCGUAUUUGGCGGGAUGUCCCGAGUUGGAUUGGGCGGAAUGGAGUCAAAGGUCAAAGCAGCCAACUGGGCCCUGGAGCGAGGCAUCGCCGUGGUCAUCGCCAACGGCAUGAGCGAGGGACAGGUCAUCCUGGACGUGGUCAAGGGGCGGAAGGUCGGGACGUUCUUCAGCGAGACCAAGCCCUCGGGCCCGUCCCCAGACUUGCAGGCUGGCAAGGCCCGGGAAGGUGGCAGGCUGCUGCAGUCGCUCAGUCCAGAACAGAGGUCAGACAUUAUUAAUAAACUUGCUGACCUAUUGGAGGAGAGGUCAGAUGAGAUCAUCACCGCAAACAAACAAGACAUGGAUAUGGCAAGAAUGAGUCAGAUGUCGGGCCCCAUGCUGGCCCGCCUGUCCCUGACGGCACCCAAGAUCCGCAACCUGGCCGACGGACUGCGGCAGAUUGCCACCACGUCGCACGACAUCGUUGGCCGGGAGCUGAAGCGGACUGUGAUGGCCGAUGGGAUGACCCUGCGGCAGAUCACGGUCCCCAUCGGGGUGCUUAUGGUCAUCUUCGAGUCCCGCCCGGACUGUCUGCCCCAGGUGGCAGCGUUGGCCAUCAGUAGUGCCAACGGCCUGGUGCUGAAGGGCGGUAAGGAAGCCACUCUGACCAAUGAAUGUCUGCAGGGGCUGGUGACUGAGGCCCUGGAGAUGUACGGAGCCAAGGAUGCCAUCUCUUUGAUCAACACCAGGGAGCAGGUAGGGGACCUGCUGAAGAUGGAAGGCCUUGUAGAUCUGGUCAUCCCCCGGGGCUCCAAGGAGAUGGUGCAGAAGAUCCAGCAGGAGAGCCAGGGUAUCCCGGUCCUGGGUCACAGCGAGGGCAUCUGCCACGUCUUCAUUGACAAGGAGGUGGACCCACAGAUGGCCAUCAAGAUAGUGCGUGACUCCAAAUGCGACUACCCGGCUGCCUGCAACGCCAUGGAGACGCUCCUGAUCCACAACGAGUUGAGGCACAACGCCCUGUUUGACGAUCUGCUGGACAUGCUCCGGUCGGAAAAUGUGAGGAUCUAUCCCGGACCGCGCCUCUCCAAGUCCCUCAAGAUUGGCCCGGCUGAGGCCAAAAGCCUGAAGGUGGAGUACGGCGGGCUGGAAUGCGCCGUUGAAAUAGUGGAUGACGUGGACACCGCCAUCCAACACAUCCACAAGUAUGGCAGCGCGCACACCGACGUGAUUGUCACAGAGAAUACACAAACAGCCCAGAGGUUUAUGAUGGGAGUGGACAGCGCCUGCGUUUUCCGUAAUGCCAGUACUCGGUUUGCUGACGGCUACAGAUUUGGUUUAGGAGCGGAGGUAGGGAUCAGCACCACCCGCAUCCACGCCCGAGGGCCAGUGGGCGUCGAGGGCCUGCUCACCACCAAGUGGAUUCUGGAAGGCUCCGGGGACGCCGUACAGGAGUACGGCGAGGAGGGCCCAAAGGCGUACCGCCACGAGCAUCUUCCCAUCAGCAAUUGAUGACAGGUCCAAGUCCUGCAUCGGUGUACAUAGCCCAUUUUGCCAAAGCUGGAAAAGGGAUUCUCUUGUUUGAUGCUGUGGAGAUGUGACUUGUAAGAUUAAAGAGAUGGUUGGCAAGACUUUGUUGCAAAUGAAGCGGCCUCAUAUUAUCAAGGAGGAGAGAUCAGGCUUGUUGUCAGGCUUGAAAAGACAAUGAACUACGGAUGCAUAUUUGCUAGAUUGGGAUUGCUAACAAUCCUGUGAGAAAAAUGGUGCCCAGAGGGGCGAAAGCUCUGAGCAUAAGAGGCGUUUACUAAGUCUUGUCAAUCUCUUGCGUCCAAGACGGUGUAGGGUUGAGGCCUUGAUAUCCUGUACACAAGGACGUCGUAGGCUUUUGUGGAAUCUUGAGGUAUAGUGGUGAAGUAUAAGGCACUGAAAUGCUGCUUAAGGUAUUCACGUUGACUUUGGUUUUAAUAUCCUUCCAAAUAUUGUUUUCUGUUUAGUUUCGUUUGGUAAUUUUUCUUUCCUUCGUGUCGAGUGAAAUAAGUCUGUGUGUGUCAUCAAGAGAGUAGGCUAGGAAUCCGCGCACAUGGAGAUAUAAACAAGCCGUUUGCCAAGGUCAUCAUGACUUUUACAUUUCACUUUAGUGGGUAAGCCAUGACAUUCUGUAGCUUUCUACACGAGUCCUGAGGCUUUUAGCAACCAACUUUGGCAAGGAUGCAAUUCAAAUGACUCACAAAGCCUUAAGUUGUGAGCGUGUGCUUUGUCAUGGAAAUUUUCUGCUCGUAUGAAAUCUCACCGAUCAUUGCUGACCGAUGCCAAUUUUACAGCUCUAUAAAGCCACGCCAAAUAGUUCAUGUGCGCUGACAACAUGAGGACCAGGUGGUUGAUUGGUUGGAAUUUGUUAAAGGUCUUAUUGCGUCAUCACGUGGCCCUAUCCCUGUUUAUCUUUGAGAUGCCCUUCCUCAUUUUUCUGGUCUCCUUUGGAGAUGCAUCGAGUGGGUUGGAAAGUGAAACAUCUCCAGCAGCAAAAGAAAUAAAAAGUAUAUUUUAUGUGGUUUUUAGGACGUUCAAAAAUGUAUAUUUUAUUACUACUUUAAAGGACAAGUACGCGGUUUAAGCUCGGUUCGUCACUUUGAAAUAGCAGUCACUUUGAAAUAACCCAAGGUUGGUCAUGUUUUUGGUUUUCUUAAUGGUAGUAAUAAGGCAUUAAAUGGAAAAGUUCGGCCGUUUUUGUGUAGAUGGUGUAUCUCAUGGGUCACAAGCCUUGAAUGCGCAAAUGUUGUUGAGUUACAUUUUCAGUCACCUUGAAAUACUGAU